UUACCUCAUACCUCAAAAGGCAAUCAUGUUCUACUAUAAAUUCAAGAGCUUAAUUCAAGCAAAAAUGCAGACUUUCGGUUUUAUUUACAAAGAUAUCAAACGAUUUAGUCACUUCAUUUCAUCUUUAAGAAAAAUGUCGAGCACACAGUUUAAUGCAGGCGAAACCCAUGGCAGAACUCAGGCCAAGACAGAGCAGUGGGUUGAUUCAUGCAAGGAUGCAACAAAUGCGGCCCGUGACCGAUCUGCCCAGGCUGCAAAUCAGAGUGCCGGAUUCCUUCAGCAGACUGGCGAGCAAGUGAAGAGCAUGGCUCAGGGAGCUGUUGAUGGUGUGAAGAACACACUUGGAGUUGGUGACAACAACACUAAGAAGUGAAAGAAACACGUCAUUCGUGAGAAUCAUGACUUGGUUGAUUUAUUUGUUGGUCAUUUCCAAUAAUUAGGAGUUUCCUAUACUCUAAUGGUAUAAGGAAAUCAUAAGUAGGGGUUUCUUUUUAGGGAUUUCUCAGAUGAUGUAAUAAGAGCUUUUUGCAAUUUGUUGCUAGUGUGGAGUUUAUACCAUUUUGAUGAUUUUUAGGUUAGCUUAGGAUUUGCUUCAGUUUCUAGCUUAUUUAGAGUUGGAAGCAUGUUAAUUUUCCAUUGAUCUGAAGAGUCUCUUGACACAUAGAACUCUUUUUCAAGUGUAACAAGGUAGUAUUGACCAUAAUAAAAGAUAUAUUGAAUUCAU